AUGAAGUGGCAAAGGCAGAGCCCUUGGCACGAACCUGAAUCUCACCAUAAAUUCACAUCUUUUGUUCCUAAGUCUCUAGGAAGCAGGAUGCCAAUGCCUCUGGGGAAACAGGUCUUUUUCGCCGGAGUGGCAGCUAGUGGGAGCUGCGCCAUUCUGUACUACCUGGUCCAGAAAACUUUUUCCAGAGCUUCCUAUUACCAGCUGGCUCUGGAGCAGCUGCACAGCCACCCUGAGGCACUGGAAGCUCUGGGCACUCCUCUCAACGUUCACUACCUGAAGCUCACUGACAAGUACAACUUCGUGGACAUCGCCGAUGCAAAGCUGAAGAUCCCUGUCUCUGGACCAAAGUCAGAGGGCCAUCUCUAUGUCAGCUCAUCCAGAGAUGCCCCCUUUAAGAGGUGGAACCUUCAGGAGGUCUUCUUAGAGCUCAAGGACGGUCAGCAGAUUCCCCUGUUCAAGCCCAGCAGGGACAACGACGAGGUGAAAAAGGAGUGA